AUGCUGACGCCAUACAUGAACGAGUUCUGCGAGGCUAAGAUGGACAAGCUUGUAAGUUCUUUCGAAGUUUGAUCCUGAUUAAACGAUAAUUUUUCCAGGCAGUGCAACAGGACGAGUUGAACAGAGACGCCCUGUUUCUGAAUGGAGAGAGGAUCACAACUCUCGAAAAUCUCACGGAACGUCAAAAGAAGGAGAUGGAAGAGCUGAAACAGACGUUGAACAAGCUCGUCAGUGCUCAGGUCAGGAGUUUGAGAACUCUUUGA